AUGGCCGCCGCUGCUACCACUGCCAGCGCGGUCAAUGGCCACCUCACCCCGCCUGUCCGCUCCGAUGCCGACGCCGAUGGACCUAGCAAAAUCGAGACCGACUUCAGCGCAAACAAGCGAAAGCGUGAAGAUGACUUGUCCGAGGCUAGCACCGCUGCUGCGAAUGCUCGAGACGGCCAGGUUCAGCGUGACAUAUUGCACGUCUUGAGGAGGUAAGCAUGCGACUGCCAGACAUACAGGUGCCGUACCUCUAACACUAUCUAUACAGCCACGACCCGGACUCAUCCUUCCUCAACCACCGCUUCAUCGACAGUCUCUCCCACCAAAAUUGUCCGAAAAAACCACGAUUGUCCGAUCCGAGCAAUCAGACCUUCACGAUAUCUACAAAGUUGGACCAUGGCUCAUAUACUUCUCUCCGCCAGCUGAAGGCAGAUGCAGACACAGUGGGCGAAGAGCUGGUCACCGAAAUCAGAUCAAAAGCCAAGGACAGGGAGAGUACGGGCAAUCGUACCACGGUCGGAGAAUUGAAGCAGAUCCAGCGCAUACAGAUGAUCCAGCGUCUAGUCAGGGAAAUCGUGGAUAGAGAAUCUCAGUAUGACGACGCCCAAACCAAGGACGUUGGGCCUAAGGACGCCGAGCCCAAGGAGGAGAGCAGUACACCUGCCGUAGGUCAUGAGACCGCAGAUGCUACCGCCAAAGCUGGUACCGUGCUCACACUAUUUGGAAAUGCACCCACGCCCAAGCAGCUCUUUUCCUCAUCGCAGAUGCCACCCAAGGCAGAAGGGCAAGGACUCAUCAAAUCCGAGCUGCUUGUGGAAGAAAUGACCCUACCGAACGGGAUCUCUGCUACGAAACUUAUGCCUGUGCCCUCUGACCAUUCCACGAAACUGCCGCUGCUGGAGGACGUCUUCCCUCCGCCCUACAAUCUGCCGGCCUUGAACCCUCCCAGGACUCAUAAGCGGUCGUCCACCCGCGACAACAAGGUCACGUGGGAGUUCAAGGACUCCACUGUGCGGAAUAAGAAGGGAGGCUACACUGUUCAGCCGCAGAACGCGGGCUCCUGGCUAGGAUACGGUGGCGUCGAUGAUAGUGAUUCCAACUCGACGCGGGAGAAACGCAAAGAACGUACCCGUGCUCUGAGCACCAGUGCGGACACAGUCGAGCGUCCUAGCAAAGCUCUCUCUGAGGAAGCCCAGGCCAGAGAAGAAGAAGCUCUCUUCCGAAGAGCUUACUCGAGCUUUGCACCAACGUAUGACGACUCGAACGCCCCCAUUUCCACGGAGACGAAGAAUCUCGUCUGGUGGCACAAGGUCGGGAAUAAGCGAUUCAAUAGCGUGUUGGCGAUUGACCCAGCGCUCAUGGACGAGACCGAGCGGAGCAGCAUACCGCCCCCUCAAGAACAGGCCUCAGCACAGGAUGAAGACUUCUCACGAGUCGUGAAAGACCUUGACGAGCUCGACGGUCUCGAGCCAGACCCUGAACCCGUCAAGUCAAAGACUGCUGUGGAUCAUGUGUUGCGUGAAGUAUCCGAGCUUCUCGAGACGCUUGCGUCUCAUCAGCGAAUCCGAAAUGCCACUCUAGCGUCUGCGUCUGCCGCUUCUAGAACACCCAUCAGCCCAUCACCAGCUGUCUCCUCCAAAGUCAACAAACCUGAUGAACCGUCAGAAGAUGAAUACUCGACCUACCGCAGUCUUCAACGAGAAUUGGCCUAUCUCAUCUUGAAGUUACCGCCGUAUGCUGUUGCCAAGCUGGACGGAGACCAGCUUGCAGAACUAGGCGUAAGCAAGCUUCUCAAAAUCCAACCUAGGGAUAUCAAGGGCACUAUGGAGGAAGAUCAUGUUGCCCGACAGGCCAGACUAUCAGCAACGGCAACUACAAACAGCAUUACCACGCUUGCUCGUUCCAACUCCUCCGCUGGGCAGCAUUAUAACACCACUGCUCAGCGCACUCCCGCGAUCGGACAAGCGGCGAAUACGAGAUAUGGCCAGCAGUACGGUUCACGCGCGCCUGCGACAGCACCUGCGUUUCAGCGACAGGCAAGCAACCCUCAGCAUUACGGCACACCAACCGCCGCGGGUCCGAGGCCAGGCUACCCUCAACCCAAUCAGUGGCCUCGACCAGGCGCACAGCCUGCCUACGGUCAACCGAAUGGACAUCAGUAUUACCAGCGUCCACAGCAAACGCCGACGGGCUAUGGCCACUACGGCCAGCAGUAUCAACAAACGCCCCAGGCUCAGCAGCGAUACAACCCACAGGCGUACGCUCAAAAUCGCCCCGCCGCCAACGCGGUAGCUUAUCAAACCAAUAGCGCGGUACAACAGCAGGGCUUCACUCGCACUGUGUCACCUGUAAAGGCGGCCGGCUAUCCCGCAGUUUCAAUGGCGCCAGCGCAGACCCCGCGGCCGAUCUAUCCCACCGGUCAGCCUAGCUCAGGACGAGCCACGCCCACCGGUUACCCAUCUCAGCCACACACUCCCGUCAACGGUUUUGGGCCUCGCCAACCCCCUGGCAUUGCGCCUAGACCCGCGAGCUCGACGCCGCAGCCUCCGCCGCAGCCGAUCCAGUCCAACGGAAAUACGUGA